GCCUCGGUGCUGGGGAUUGUGGGAGGGAGCGGGCUCACCAUCAUGGCGGCUUCCAUUUCGGGUUAUACGUUUAGUUCCGUGUGUUAUCACAGCACAAACAGCAACUCAGACCACGAGGGAUUCCUGCUUGGAGAAGUAAGACAAGAAGAAACUUUCUCGAUCAGCGAUUCUCAGAUUAGCAACACAGAGCUUUUGCAAGUUAUAGAGAUUCAUAAACACGAACCAUGCACCAAAUUGUUCAGUUUUUAUGAUUAUGGCGGAACAGUCAACGAGGAAAGCCUUGAUCGGAUCCUCAAAGACAGACGGAAAAACGUAAUUGGCUGGUAUAAAUUUCGGAGAAAUGCACAACAACAGAUGUCCUAUAGAGAACAAAUUUUGCACAAACAACUGACUCGUCUUCUUGGAGUUCCUGACCUCGUCUUCCUACUAUUCAGUUUCAUCUCUACUGCCAACACCUCUACUCAUGCCUUGGAAUAUGUGCUCUUUAGGCCUAAUCGCAGAUAUAACCAGAGAGUUUCUCUCUCAAUUCCAAACCUGGGCACAACAAGUCAGCAAGAAUAUAAAGUGUCUUCAGUGCCAAACACUUCCCAGAAUUAUGCCAAAGUGAUCAAAGAGCAUGGUACCAAUUUCUUUGACAAAGAUGGUGUGAUGAAGGAUAUUCGAUUAAUUUAUCAGGUUUAUAAUGCUCUGCAAGAGAAGGUUCAGGCUGUCUGUGAAGAAGUGGAGAAGAGCGAGAGAGCUGUUGAGUCCUACCAGGCAGAAGUGAAGAAACUGAGCGCUCAGAUUUUGAGAAAGAAGGAAGAGAAGCAACGAGAGCAAAACCUGCGCCAUUCCCUGCUGCUGCAGACUGAUGGGCCUGCAGACCGCAUGAUGACAUUUACAAGUGGAGAAUGUGCAGCUGUUGCUUCUAGACCACAGGACCUUCUUCCACCUCCAUACUCUGAAGAAAGAGCAAAUGCAGAGGACAGCAUGGGUAGCCCACCUGACAUGCCACGGCCUCAGGCAGUUGGUUCUUCCUGUCACUUACUAUUAGAAAUAAAAGAUAUUGGAAAAGGUGCUUCCACAACACGGAGUGAAGACCUAGAGGAAACACAAAGUGACUAUAAGAAGUCACGGCAUAUUUCAGAUUCUCCUGACAGCGAUAUGGUUGAGGAUCAACUGUACCAACCAAGCACACAACCUGAUGGGCACUUACAGCAGUAGUGCAGGUUGUGUUGUGCCAGAAACCCAUAAGAGGAUCUUUUGGCGAUAUGGAAUGUAAGCAAUGUGAAGCUGACUGCCUUUAGGAGUAAAGCUGCCUCCUGGCUGCUAAAAUGCGGCACUUUUUUACUCCUCAACAGCUUCUUGUAUUCACUGACUUUGGCAUCAUCAGUGCUUCUAUGGAGCUGCAAGAUUAGGUGGAAUGACUUUUUGUAUGUCUCACGUCAUUUUUGAGCCAGUACCUUUGACCUCUUGGAGAUGUUGUAUAGAUUGAAGGGAUUAUUAGGUAAAAAAGGGAGGAGGGGAAUCUAACAGCUCACCUUGUACUUUAUCCUGAAGUAUUAGUUUGACAGAGUAGUUAUAUACAUAUAUAUAUAUAUAUAUAUUAUCUCCAGAUGUUCAAGGGAAUAAUGACAAUCUUCAGGGUUAAGCCAACUCUUAAAAGGUUUCUUGCCACUGGGCAUACAAAAUUUCCAUCUGCAAUUGGUUCAUUUGUAAACUGCACACUUGCCCACUUUCAACCACUUGCAUUCUAUAGUUUUAUCUGACUGUUUUCUGCCUUUUAGAAAUCAUAUCCAUUUUAAUGCAUUAUGAGAAACAUUUAACUUAUUUACUUUUCUAAGGACUAAUCACAAAGUUGCGCACCAUUCCUUAGACCCCACUUUAUGUGCAUUUUAUAUGCUCAGUACCCCUUUACCUGUAGCGUGUUAGGAUGUCAUUGCAUAUCCCAGUUACAGAAUGCCUUAUUGCUUAACGUUUUGGACAAUGGACACCCACAACAUCAGAGGUUAAAGUGAGCACAGCUGUAACUUCUUAAAAAAACCUCAAUAUGUAACCACUUACCGUGGAGUAAAAACCAAAGUAAUCACAGCUUAAGUGGCACAAAAAUAUCAAUGUUCUUUUGAAAAGAGCCAGCCUCUUUCAUAAAGCGUUGCUUAAGUGCUAGGAGGAGGGCAAACACAAGGACUAGGCACAAGCACUGGAGAUACUCUUGUUUCAUGACGUUUCUUUUUUUGGCUUUUGAAAUAGCUGAAAUAUUGCUCCUUGGCAUCAUCGUGGAACUGCAAAAUGAGGAACAAGGCAAAUAGCCUUUAAUAACCAGGUCUACUCCCCAUAAUAGAAGUGUUAACAUUCACUCUUGACAUCUCUUUAACCAGCUUCCAUCAUGAGACUAAGUACAAUGGAAGGGAAUUUUAUGAUUAGCUGCACUUUUUAAUUUAAUUUUACUAAAUGUUGUUUCCCUAUAAAUGUAAGAAAAGAGAGAGAAAAAUAUUAAAUAAAGCGCCUGAUCCUGCAAACGGACAUUAUAAAAAAGAAACUCGGGUGUAUAUGACUGGUGAGAUCGCAGAGUGACGGCAGGUCACCCUCUUAUUCCUCUGUUUGCUGCAUUGGCUGAUUACAUCCAGGCAUGGAAAGUCCUAUUUAGUGCCCUUCUCAGUAUGGUGCAAAAACUUUCAGCCUUAAGACUGGUACAAAUGUUGCAAUCAGAUGUAAUAAAUGUGCUUUACUUUA